AGAGAGAGACACCUGCCGUCAAAGAGAAGCUGACGCUCACCAAAGUUGUCGUCUUGAAAAGCUUUGGGUGUCUUCCUCUUCCUAAUUUACAAAACAAAAAAAGAAAACAAAUAAUAGUAAUCGUAAUAAUAAUAACCGAAAGCUUUACUAAAAUCUCAAAGCUAUGAUUAAACCAACGUCUACUUCGCUUCUGAUCUUGAAUCAGUUUCUACAUGUCGCAUUCUUCAUGCUAUGUGCAGCAUCAUUUUCCAAUGCGUUAAUCACUUUCCAAUCACCAGACAAGGAUCUUUGCAAUAUACUUCCCAACCAAACUAUUUUGGAGAAAAACAUCACCAUAAUUCUGGCGAAAAAUGAGAAGAUGAUAACUGGAUCUUUUCAAAUCGAUGAUCCAGAUCAUACUACGGCCGAGGUGUACAUUUGCCAAAGAGAAAACAACAGCGUUCCUGCUACGAGUGAAUGCCUCACCAUGACCCCGCUAAAACAGGUUCAGAUAAUAAAAGUGAAUACAACCUACAUGGUGACAUCGGAAUUGCCAAAAACCUGGAAUUGCACAAACUGUGUAGUACAAUGGAUUCUAAGACAAGGUAAGUAUUCCCAGAUGAGGUCGUUAUUUUUGUUUUUAUUUUAUUGCCUCCGCCUUAGCGAAGGCGGAAGUAUUGUUUUUAGUCGUGUUUGUUUGUUUGUUUGGACAAGUUAUCUAUUGGAUAGAUUCGGAUGAAACU